AAUUACACUUUUAGUCCCUAGAGUUUCAGGAAUACGCAACCUUGGUUCAUAUAGGCGUCGUUUCACUACUCCGUUGUCGUUGCUAUCUUCUUCACUGUGACUCUGUGAGAUCUCUCUCGUUUCAGUGAGAUCCAUGAUCGUCUUCUUCUGCAAAACCCUAACCUGCAAAUGUUCUGCAUCAAUCUUCUCCAUCUGAAAACCCUUACCAAUGGUGGGACCCAAAAGGCACAUCCUCCCACUGAUCCUCAUCUCCCUCGCCGCAUUCAUCUUCUACACCUUCCACCAAUCUUCACUCCCAUCUUCAAUCCCAGAAUCAAACCCUAAUUUUACCCUCCAGAACCCAAUUCCAAACCCUACCCCCAUUUCCCCCACCAACAAUUUCACUUUCGUCAUCAAACUCCUCGCAUAUAACCGCCUCGACUCCGUCACCCGCUGCCUCCGAUCCCUCGCCGCCGCUGAUUACCUCGGCGACCGCGUUCACCUCCACAUCUACAUUGACCAUUUUGUCCUUUCCGACGAUGCGUCCUCUGUGGAUCAGAAGCUGCGCGAUUCGCAUCGCAUUGUGGAGUAUGUUGAUGGGUUUGAUUGGAGAUUUGGUGAAAAGGUGGUGCAUUACAGGACUGGCAAUGUGGGCUUGCAGGCACAGUGGUUGGAGGCGUGGUGGCCCGGUUCCGAUGACGAGUUUGCCUUUGUGGUGGAGGAUGAUUUGGAGGUUUCGUCGCUUUACUAUGAGUUUGUUAAGAGCUUGAUUGUGAAUUUCUAUUACAAUGCUUCUAAUUAUAGCCCUUUCAUCUUUGGAGCUACGUUGCAACGAGCAAGGUUUGUCCCAGGUAAACAUGGAAACAAAUUACAACUGGAUGACCAGACGCGGCUUUUCUUAUACCAAUUGGUUGGUACUUGGGGUCAGAUUCUCUUUCCAAAGCCAUGGAAAGAGUUCAGGUUGUGGUAUGACAAAAACAAGGCGAAGGGCAUUAAGCCAUUUCUUGAGGGGAUGGUGACAACAGGAUGGUACAAGAAAAUGGGGGAGAGAAUUUGGACACCUUGGUUCAUUAAGUUUAUUCAAUCCCGUGGUUACUUUAAUAUCUAUGCUAAUUUUUUGCAUGAGAGAGCAUUAAGUGUCUCUCACAGAGAUGCUGGAGUAAACUAUGGGAAAACUGCUGGACCUGAUUCUCAAUUACUAGAGGAAAGAUCUCUGGACUUCAAUAUUUUGGAAAUGCAGCCUUUGAGUAGUUUAAAAUGGUUUGAUUUUUGUUUCAGAGAAGUUCUUCCCGGAAAGGUUGUCAAGAACCUGGAAGAACUUGGAGCUUUGCUGCACACUCUGCAGCAACAGAAUAGUAUCUUCUUGGUAAAUCUUAUUGGAGUUUCAGAUGCUGUAGCAAGAAAUCUACUAUGCCACUUUGAGAGGCUAAAUAUCAGGAAUUACAUACUUAUGGCCCCCCAAUCUGACUCCUUAUUUGAUCUAGCAAGGAGGGGACAUCCUGUAAUUAAUGUGGACCAAUUUAUAAGUAGUGUUGGAUUGCACAAACUGACUUCGCAAGGUUCGAGAUUUGAGACUAUCAAGGGUAUUUUGGCAAAGGCUUAUGUAAUUAAAAAGUGUAUCGAGAAUAUGUAUAACACAUGGGUUAUUGAAGGGAGCAUGCUUCUCACAUCUGACCUCAUGCUUGAGAACGGAGAUCUCAAAGAUGAUUUCUCUAUUGCAAACAACUUGGAACUUUUUUAUGCUAGAAGUUCAUCUUCUAGUAAGAAAAUCUGGACCACCGACUUUGUGUCAAAGGUAGUAGCCAUGGCAGACUCUUUGUCAGGUAAAGAUUCAGCAUCUCAUGAUAGCCUGAGUUUUGUGCAUGUUGUGACAACGUUAUUGGAACAAAAUGGUGCAAGGAUUAGGAGAGUUGAUGAGACUUCUUUUGGCUUGAAGAUUGGGUCCGGUAAUGUUAGUAAAUCUUCUCUAGGGGAUAAGAAGUUUGUAUAUUGGUCAACUGAAAUGGAGAUGGACUCAAUUCAGAAACGGCUCGAAGAGUUGAAUUUGUGGGGUAUAGACAGUGAUUUAUCGUGUACUGCUGUUGUUUGUCACAGCUCAUAGCAUUUUGAUGCAGCUAGAAGUAGUUAUACAUUUUCUUUUUCCUUUCCUUUCUAUAUUAUUUCUGAGUUCUGUUUAUGCCAAUUAAGCUUACAUAUUCUUUUUACUCAUUUUGUAUUAUCAUUUGUAACAAAAUUAAGUGGUAAAUGUGUACCCUCUCCCCAACACAAUGUGAGGCUUCAGUGGGCUGAAAUUAAACAUUCUAGAGUUGAAUUUCCUCUCGUCA